UUUUUUUUUUUUUUUUUUUUUUUAACACCUAUCAUCAUUCUUCUUGAACCCUAAUUUCCCCUUCUCACUCGUCUGCAUCUUCAAUUCCAGAUUUUGCAUAUUCAAUUCCGGAGUUUGGGGACACAACAGCAGAUUCAAGAAAUGAUGAGCCAGCCGUUGGAGCAACACUCUGCUGAUCAUGCAAAAGGCGUCGAGGUUUUUGUUGGUGGGUUGCCUCGGACCAUUGAUGAAGAGAAAAUUCGCGAGGUGUUUUCCGAUUGCGGUGAUAUAGUGGAAGUUCGUAUGAUAAAGGACCAGAACGGCAAUACAAAGGGAUUCUGCUUUGUGAGAUUUUCGACGAAAGAAUCUGCAGCGAGAGCUGUGAGGGAAAAAACUGGAAUUUUGCUAGAUGGGAAGAAGAUUGGAGUGCUUCCAUCAAGUGAGCAGGAGACUCUAUACUUCGGGAAUCUGAACAAAGCUUGGACUGCUGAUGAAUUUAAGAGAAUGGUGCUGCAGAUUUUCCCAGAUAUUGAAUCCAUUGAUCUUGCAAUGAUUAAAGACACACCACCAGGUCAAAAGCCACGAAACCGUGGUUUUGCCUUUGUCAAGUUUUCCUCUCAUGCUGCUGCUGCACGCGCUCUUAGAGUGGGCUCUCAACCAGAGUUUCGUCUUGGAAGUUUGCACCCAGCUAUUCAGUGGGCAGAAGAGGACUCUGAAAUUGAUGCAAAAGAACUGGCUAAGGUCAAAGUAGCCUUUGUCAGAAACCUGCCCACUGAUGCUGAGGAGAAAUAUUUAAGUCGAUUGUUUGAUCCUUAUGGCAAGGUGGAGAGAGUGGUGGUAUCCAAAAAAGGUAGCUCAUCUGUUGGUUUUGUUCAUUUCACUGAGAGAUCGGAUCUUGAGAGAGCCGUCAACGAACUGAAUGGAAAAAAAGUUGGAGGACCUAGGGAAGGCCAAGAGUAUGUAGUCCAGGUUGAAGUUGCACGACCUAUGGAGAAAAGCAAGAAGCGAGUUCGUGAGUAUCCAGAAAAUACUUCUUCUUUUCAGGACCAAUCUAAAAUCUUGAAAUCAAAUAUUCAGAAUUCCCAUAUCUCGAGGGAAGUGGAGCCUGCUGAUCCUUAUGAGGAUGCUGUAAUAGCGUUACCUUUAGCUGUUAAAGAGCGGUUGCUUCGAAUCCUGCGACUUGGAAUUGCUACUAGGUUUGAUAUUGAUGUCAACAGUUUACGCAGUCUCAAGGAAUUACCCGAGCCUAUUGCUAUAUCCGUUCUUGACCAGUUUAUGAUAUCAGGAUCAGCUUCACAAAAUAAGUCAGCAUACCUAGCUGCAGUGAUCUCUAAACACCUAGUCGAUAAAGUGGGACCGGAUCAGAGCUUGGUCAGUUUGUUGCGAGCUGAGGAUACUACAAGGACCGAAUACAAGCCAUUCAACUUCUCGAAUCAACUGUCAUCCCCCAUUGUUGGUUCCUUUACAUCUCAUGCAGACACUGCAGCUAGGUCCGACAUUUAUGCACCACACCAUUCAGCGCUGCGCCCGGAUUAUCCUUUAUCUAAUCGAACAAUGAUAGGAAGAGUAGACGAGAGAGGUUCUCUUUUAUCAAGCCGAUCUCUAUACUCAUCUGAGAGCAUCCCGAUUCCAAGAACAGUACUGGAGGAAGGAAGCCGAUCUCUGUACGCAUCCGAGAGCAUCCCGAUUCCAAGAACAGUACUGGAGGAGGGAAGCAAUUCCCGGUUCGAGGCAACACCACCACACCCCACCGGAUCUUAUGGUAGGGUUGCAAUACAAACCGAGGAGCGGCAUCUAUCUCCUCCCCAAGUAGCACCGAGUUCAUCGUAUGCCAGAUUGGGUCCGGGUUUGAUCUCAGACGUUAGAGGUGUCGCCAGGCAGCAAGCAUCUCGACCUCAGAUGAGGUUCGAUCCAUUCACCGGUGAGCCCUACAAGUUCGAUCCUUUUACCGGCGAACCAAUAAUUCAUCCAGCGAAUCCUACACGCCACUUCUGAGUUUUGUAUUAACGACAAUCUUAUUUCCGUUUUACGUUGUUAUUUUUCCUACUGUAGCUUGUUACAUAACAUACACAAACAAUUCACAUUCACGAGUUUCAUUUCUAUACAUACGCCUAUGUUCCAAAA